UAGAAGUGUUAUAAUAUCGGUGUAAGGUUUUUUUUCUAAAAAGAAAUAUGAGUGUAAUUAUUCGUUAUUUGUUAAUGGUGACCAUAGCCAUAUGUCUCGUCUCAGUUGAAAGUACUUUUUAUGGGACUGCCACUUUCUACAGUCCUUAUAUCCCCUCUGCAUGCUUUGGAGAUACAGACGAAGGUAGCUAUGUAGCUGGAGUAGGUGAUGAAUUAUGGGACAAUGGGGCAGCAUGCGGGCGACAAUAUAGUGUCAUAUGCACUGGGGCUACAAACGGUGGUGUGCCACAACCUUGCACAGGUGGGGCCGUCACUGUUAAAAUCGUCGAUUAUAAUCCAGGUGCUGCAACAAUUAUUAAUCUCUCUCCACUCGCUUUCCUCACAAUAGCUACUAACAUUAAUGCUGGAUCAGUCUAUGUUAACGUUGAUCAAGUCAGUUGAAGUUGACAAUGCAUGGCCUCUCAUGAUAAAAUUUGGGGAUAUAUAAGCAGUUGAUCAUGAUGGAAACAUAUGUGUUUCAAGCCUGGGAAGUUAUCAUGAUAAAUAUAUUUAAAUAAGCACCCCAUGUGUUUUUCAAAAUAAUAAUGAACUAGGAGAAUCUUAUGGAAUGUAUAUUUCCUUAUAUUUGUGUGUAUUUUCUUUUUUGGGAAUCUUAUAAUAAUUGUGUUAUCAAGCUU